AUGGGGUCUCGUGAGAAUUUCGGCGAGCUCCUACAGCAGUACUCGACGUGCGAUAUAUCCGACGCAUUAACCAUGCUGGGGAGUCCGCAUGGGGGUUGUUUACCUGAUAUCUCGAUGUGGUCACCUCAACGCCAGGAAGGCCACACUCGAAUUGCGGGUCCGGCGUAUACGGUCCACUUUGUUCGCAGGGGCACCGAACCUUCGACAAUUAAAGAACACUACAUCGAUUCCGUUCCUGCCGGCACGGUGAUUUUCAUUUCGGCUCCUCCUGAUGCCGCGAACGCGGUUUAUGGCUGA